AUGACAGACCCAUUUAUUAUUCAUGAGUAUUUUCAGCUACUAGGAAAUACAUUAGCCGAUCUCAAUUUGUUUGACCGUCCCGAUAUAAUUUGGAACUUGGACGAGACCUCUCUGUGUCUAGAUCCUUCAAAGACGAAAGUAGUAGGUGCGGUUAACAAGCCUUGUUCAAGAGCAACAUUUGGCAGUGGCAAAGAAAAUAUUACUGUUUUAGCGGCCGCAAAUGCCGCUGGCCAAAAAAUUGCACCCUUAAUAGUAUUUAAGGGGCAAUAUGUAUGGAAACAGUGGACGACUGAUAAAAAAGAUUAUGAAUUUGAGUUGACCUACGCAUCAAGCAGCAAAGGUUGGAUGGAGGGUACGAUAUUUGUGAAUUACUUGAAAAAAGCAUUAUUUCCGGCGCUCGGUGAAGAACGCCCCGUUUUGAUUAUUUACGAUGGCCAUUCAUCUCAUGUGACUGUAGAUGUCGUACAACUGGUAUCCGACAUGGAAUCACAAUCUUAA